AUGGCAAUUCUCAGCAACGUCUCGUUUUCUUGCAGCAUUAGCAAUAUCUCUACGAAACAGUCUCUCUCUUCUCUCUCCAAUUCUCCUUCUUCUCGUUCUCAUUGUCUCAUUCGCUGCUCACAGGAAGGGAAAGAAGUGGUAAGUCCAUUAGGAAGUGUGGUUUUGUCAUUAGGAGAAGAGGUUUCAAAGAGAAGUCUGCUUGCGAUUGUCUCUGCUUCUCUCUUCUUUGUUGAUCCUGCUCUUGCCUUUAAGGGAGGAGGUCCAUAUGGACAAGGAGUCACCAGGGGACAGGACUUAUCCGGCAAGGAUUUCAGUGGACAGACUCUCAUCAGGCAGGACUUCAAAACGUCAAUCCUAAGGCAAGCCAACUUCAAGGGUGCAAAGUUGUUAGGUGCUAGCUUCUUUGAUGCAGAUUUAACAGGUGCUGAUUUAUCAGAAACUGAUCUUCGAGGUGCAGAUUUCUCCUUGGCAAACGUAACAAAGGUGAAUUUAACGAACGCUAACUUGGAAGGAGCUACUGCUACCGGAAACACAUCAUUCAAGGGAUCAAACAUUACAGGCGCUGAUUUUACUGAUGUUCCUCUAAGAGAUGAUCAACGAGUAUACCUUUGCAAAAUCGCUGAUGGGGUUAAUGCGACUACUGGGAAUGCCACAAGGGACACAUUACUCUGCAACUAA